GCGGAUUAUGGGCAACGGUGAUUAUUACAUCGCCGAAUGAACCCACCCCUUCCCCCUCGGGCAAUGAAUAGAUCGGCGUUCGCGGCCGUCGACCCUCCUCCGCCACCGCGAACUACUGAACUCUCCUCCUCUCGCCGCUCUCUCUUCCGAUGAAGAGUGGUCUCGGCGCUUCAAUCCAAACCCUAAACCCCUUCCUCUCGUUCCUCCUAAAAACCCGAAACCUUCGUCUCCUUCGCCCACUCUUCUCCCAAAUCUCUUCCAACUCCGUUUCCAUCGACACGCAGAUCCAUUCCUUAAUCGCCCAAGCCCUCCUCAAAUCCCAUCGCUUCAAGGAAGCGGAGCAGUUCCUCUCCCACGCGCAAAAUAUCGCCUUUCUCCCCCGUAAGCGCCUCUGGAGCUCUCUAAUCCAGGGAGUUUGCGUCGAGGAAGAAGAUCCAGAUCGAGCGCUCUCACUACUGCAAGAGUGUGUGAGAAAUGGUGGUCCCUCUUCCAAUACUUUUCGAGCAUUAGUUGCAUCAUUUAGCUCGCGGGGUAUGAUGGAGAGGGCCUUUGAGGUGUUGGAUGUUAUGACGGAUGAGAAGAAUGGAUGCCAAUUAGAUAAUUUUGUUUGCAGUUCGAUAAUCUCCGGGUUUUCUAAGAUCGGAGAGCCGGAACUUGGUUUGCGAUUCUAUCAGAGAGUGGAGAAAGUUGAUGGCUUUCAGCCGAAUUUGAUAACUUAUACAGCUGUGGUUGAUGCAUUGUGUAGGGAGGGCAAAACUGAUGAGGCAAGCGAUUUAAUUAGGGAGAUGGAGCAGAAAGGUGUGAUCUUGGAUGCAGUUCUUUUUAGCACUUGGGUAUGUGGGUAUUUAAGGAAGGGAUUUCUGAUGGAGGGGCUUCGGAAACACCGGUUGAUGUUAGAGAAAGGGAUAAUGCCAGAUGUAGUCAGCUAUACUAACAUCAUUGAUGGGUUAUGCGAGGAAGGGAAUGUAGAGAAAGUAUUUGGGUUGCUAAAUAAGAUGGCAAAGAGUGGCAACGAACCUAACGUGGUUACUUAUACCGUGGUUAUUCAAGGUUUCUGCAAGAGAAACAAAUUACAGGAGGCAUUUUGCAUGCUUACGAAUUUGGAAGAAUCGGGCAUUGAAGUGGAUGAGUUUGUAUAUUCAGUUUUGAUUGAUGGAUUGUGUCAGAAGGGAGAUUUGGAUGGAGUUUUUGCUUUGCUUGAGGAACUGCAGAGGAAAGGAGUUGAAGUGGGAAGUGUCACAUACAACACGGUGAUCAAUAGUUUGUGUAAGGCUGGCAAGACAAGUAAGGCAGAUGAGCUUUCGAAGGGCUUUGUGAGUGACAAUUUCACAUAUAGUGCGUUGUUACAUGGAUAUGUGAAGGAAAAGAAUGUAGCGGGUAUAAUGGGUAUAAAGAAGAGAUUGGAGGAAGCAGGCAUUUGUAUGGAUGUUGUCACAUGUAACAUACUUAUCAAGGCUUUGUUGAUGGCAGGAAUGGUCAAGGAUGCUUAUGAGCUGUUCGAAGAAAUGCCUGACAUAGGCUUGGCUGCAAACUCUGUUACAUAUUGUACGAUGGUUGAUGGUUAUUGUAAGCAAGGAAUGAUCGACAAGGCACUGGAGGUCUUUGAUGAGUAUAGGAGAACUUCAUCAUUUGCUAGUGCUGCCAGUCAUAAUUGUAUUAUUAAAGGACUCUGUAAGGAACAUAUGUUAGAUAUGGCUGUCAAGUGUUCCUGGACCUCACGGAUAGAAACCUAAGUCCUGAUUCUGUUACUUACAGGAUGUUGAUAAGAGCCCACUUUAGAGAAGGUAAUGGAGAAGGAGUCUUGAAGUUUAUUCAAGGGGUUGAGAUA